UGGGGGGAGGGAAGUAUGUGCACCACCCAGUACAGGACAUGUGCAUGAGCGUGUAAGCCUGGAUGCCUAGGGCUGGGAGUUGGGGACAAGGGGUGUGUGUGCGCAUGUGUAUAUAUAUGAGUGCAAGGGGUGCUGGUGUGUGUGCUAGUGGUGCACAGGCAAGGGUUACACACACAGCAUGGAGGGAGCAGGGAGGGGUGUCCCUAGGGCUGUUAGAAGAGCUGUGCCUAAGGGACCCAGGGUGUGAGCCCAGGGUUAAGCAUGAUACAGGGGUACAUAAGCUCAGGGUACAGGGACAGGGCUAUGUCUCUGUGCUGGGGUCCUGGGAUCUCCCUGCUCUCCCCUCCCUUCAGGUCCAGGUCCUCCAGAUAUAUGCCAGGAGGGAGGAGACUCCUCCCUAGCUUACUCCUUCAGCCAUACAGUUGAGGGCAAGCAAAACUCAGAGGCAUCUGAACCCCAAGCCUUUGGGCUUGAGGGCCUGCAUGUAGGAUGCCUGCCAAAGGAUUUGGAAGCAUCUGAAGCCCCAGGCGGGGGUAGAGGAUGCUUGCUGGUAACAGGGCCACAUAUGGUUCUUGAAUGAAUCAUGGAUUUGGAAUCGAUUUGGCUGAUGUGACUUUGGACACAACAUUUUUUCCUUAAAAAUAAAAAGGUAUAUGCCAGAAGGGAUCUGUGUAUGGGGACCCACAGGGUGGCAGCAUGCCCCAACUUGGUGGUGGAGAGGGGGAGGCAGUUCUACUGCCCCAUACAGGAUGGAGGAGCCGGGGGGGGGGGAGGGGUGUCAGCACCCACCUGCCCCUUCUCACUUGGUACCAGCUCCCCUGGGGAGGUAGGACAAGGCCCUUGCUCCAUGCCUACCCUAUGCCCAAUGACCCCAAUUUGGGGCUGUGGGGCAGGAGAGGCCCCAUGUCCCAUCCCGGUGCUUUCUGCCAGCAGAGGGUGCUGCAGCUGGUGCUGCUCCUGCUAGUAGGAGCUGCAGCCCCAGGGGCCACCCGCGGGCGCCGCCUGUGCCGCCCUGUCAACGCCACAGUGGCCGCUGAGAAGGAAGCCUGUCCCCUGUGCAUCACCUUUACCACAGCCAUCUGCAGUGGGUACUGUCAGACUAAGGAGCCUGUAUACAAGAGUGCGCUGUCACCCGUGGCCCAGCAUGUGUGCACAUACCGUGAGGUUCGUUACGAGUCGCUGGUGCUGCCUGCCUGCCCACCCGGCAUCGACCCCACCUUCACCUACCCCGUGGCCCUGAGUUGCCACUGCAGCCUCUGUCCCAUGGACUCCAGCGACUGCACUGUCCAGAGCAUCGGACCUGAUUUCUGCAGUGCCCGCAGGGGCUACGCCUAGACUUGGCAAUAAACCAUCCCCACGGCA